AUGAAGAUCACCGAGCUCUACAUCUACCCCAUCAAGUCCCUGCACCCGCUCUCCGUCCCCCGCACGCGCCUCCGGCGCGAGGGCCUCGAGCACGACCGGCGCUUCAUGCUGCUCAAGGUGCUCUCGGACGACCAGAACAGCUACAAGCCCAUCCAGACGGCGCUUUUCCCGGAAUGCACGCUCUUCCACCAGGCCAUCGACGGCGGCGACAUCGUCGUGACGUACCACACCCCGGCGGAGCCGCUGUUCCCGCCCGUGCCGGAGCAGCGCACAGCGCUGCGCGUGCCGCUGGCGCCAGACGUUGGUGUUAGUGGCAUGGAGACAGUAGAUGUUGAACUCAUGGGCAGCGCGACGACGGCGUAUCGCAUGGGCGGGCGGUAUGAUGAGUGGUUCAGCGCUUGUAUGGGGUAUGAGACGAUCCUGGUGUAUAUCGGGGAUCAGGGACGGGGUGUGCUGGCGCACACGCCGAGUGGGAAUGCUGGUCCGCGUCCAAAGCAGCAGCAGCAGCAGCAGAAGUCCUGGUUCUCGUCCAUCACGUCGUACAUUACCGGUAGCGGCGAUGGCCCAGGACGGGAUGGUAAAGGGCACAGGAAGGACAACUGGCUGACAUUCAACGAGUGCGCGCCCUUCCUGCUGACGUCGCAGGCCUCGCUGCGCGACGUCAGCGCGCGACUGCCCGAGGGCGAGGCGAUGGACAUGAUCAAGUUCCGACCGAACAUCGUGGUCGAUUCGUCCCCGACCCCGUCAUCCUCAACAUCCCCUCCAGCAACCAGCAGCGAGAAUUCCAGCGAAGCAGGAGGGUCACAAGACUCGCAAAAACAAAGACCAGAGGAGGCGGAGGAACUUAAACCCUGGGACGAAGACUUCUGGGCCGAGGUCACCGUGCUCUCUGCCGCGGGAACCAGCCAGAGCAAUGACAAACAUGCCAGCCCACAACCCCACCGCCUCGCCCUGACGGCCAACUGCGCCCGCUGCAUCUCGAUCAACAUCGACUACGGGACGGGGCGGCCGGCCCUGGGCGAGCAGGGCAGCGUGCUCAAGAAGCUGAUGCGCGACCGCCGCGUCGACGCGGGGAACAAAUGGUCCCCCAUCUUCGGGCGCUAUGCGUUCCUGCUUCCGCCUUCUUCGCCGCGGGGUGGUGCUGGGGACCAUGAGGGUACAGGUGGGGGAGAUGAUGAAGAUGGGGGUGAGUAUGGGGAUGAUGAGCUGGCGGUCGAUAUCGCUGUCGGCGAUGAGGUCACGGUGACGAGGCGGAUCGCAGACCGCGAUGUCUGGGCCUGGCCCAAGGUAUAG